GGGAGGGUCAGGGCGCAUGCGCGGUGCCGCGGUGCCGGCCGGGAGGAGCAAGGUUUGGUCAAGGGGAGGCCCAGCAUGUGGGUCGUGCCAAGCAUGGCGUGGAGCCUGGCGCUCCGCCUGGGCGCUGCCAGGACCUUCUCCCUGGGAGCCCCCUUCCAGGCUUCUUUGAGGAACCACGUACCGGCCCCCAAGGAGGUGGAUCGCUGGACAGAGAAGAGGACCACGUUCGGGGCAUACGACAACAUCGGGAUCCUGGGAGGGUUUCAAAGACACCCUAAGGAUCUAAUCACCGGGCCCCAGUGGCUGCGGGGCUGGCGGGGGAAUGAACUGCAGCGCUGCCUCCGCAAGAAGCAGAUAGUGGGGCCCCGCAUGUUCAAGGAGGACUAUGAGAAGCUCGUGAAGCGCAUCAGAUACCUCUACAAACACUACAAUCGCCGGGGGAAAUACCGCUAGCAAGGGGCGACACCACCGCCGCCCCGUGAAAUCCACCCAUUUUGGCACCCAUGGCCCCUGUUCCCCAGCACUGGGUUCCCCGCUGGAUUUAGCCAGGGUCCCUUGAUUCCAUCCCCAGGCGCUUAGCACACUGCAGUGCACCCGGUGGACACUCAAUAAAUACCAUUGCUACCACU